AUGAACGCCUUGAUUGUGUUAGCCUCUGUUCUGGUUUCCUGUAAUGCUGGUGGUAGCUACGAUUCAAAAGGAGCUCAUCAUUACGACUAUGGGGGACAUGGCGGAGUAUAUGGAGGAUUAGGAGGAGCAGUACAAGGAGUAGGAGGAGGACUGGGAGGAGGACAAGGGGGUUUCGGUUUCGGAGGGGGGCUAUUAGGAGGAGGAGGGGGUCUAGGAGGAGGAAUAGCGGGUCUCUGA